AUGUGUCCCAGGACGGGUGGACGAGGCCCGCCACAUGUCUCUGGACAUGCAGGCAAGGGCAGCCACGUGUCCCGGGACGGCCGGACGAGGGCCGCCACAUGUCCCCAGGAUGGGCGGACGAGGCCUGCUACGUUGUCUCGGGACGGGCAGACGAGGGCCGCAACAUGUCCUGGGGACGGGGAGACGAGGGCCGCCAACGUAUCCCAGGAUGGGCGGAUGAGGCCCGCCACGUGUUCCGGGAUGGGCAGGUGGGGCCCGCCACGUGUCCCGGGACGGGUGGGCGGGGCCCGCCAAGGGUCCCGUGACGGGUGGACGAGGCCUAUCAUGUGUCCCGAUUGGUGGGUGGGAAACCCGCCACAUUCCCGGGACGGGGGACAAGGCCCGCCACAUGUCCUGGGACAGGCGGACGAGGCCUGUCACGUGUCCCUGGACGGGCAGGUGGGGUCCGCCACAUAUCCCGGGACGGGCAGGCGGGGCCCGCCACGUGUCCCGGACGGGUGGGCGGGGCCACGUGUCCCAGGACGUAAUAAUGGCUUUUAG